GGCGAACACGACAACAAAGGUAGGAGGAGGAGGAGGAGGAGGAGUCCACGAGACGAACAGAGUAAUGGGAGGAGAGAAACUUCUUUCUUUGAUUGGGUCGAUUUGACUUUGAUUCGUCUUUUCUUUAUGGGAUAAAAGAGCUUCGCUGGCUGAUCACAGCAAGCGCUGGAAUAAAGAGGAAGAAGAAAGAAGAAUUGUCAGGAACAUUCCUGUGGGAAAUCACCACUGAAAGAGAGAUCAUUGGGGGGUUCACUUUUGAGCACAUACCCACAAGGAGAAAGAGAAGGAACAGAGAGAUUUUGGGAGAUAGGCUUGUGUUGUGGGGGUGCUGCAGUCACUUUCCUCUGCUUCUUUUUCCCUGCUUUUUGGAAGGAGAAUAUACAUACAUUAAGCUGAGCUGGGUCUUCAUGGAUACUUUGAGGAGAAGAACCUUGCUCAAGGUCAUAGUUCUUGGUGACAGCGGCGUGGGAAAGACCUCCUUGAUGAACCAAUACGUGUACAAAAAGUUCAGCCAACAGUACAAGGCUACGAUCGGAGCCGAUUUUGUCACUAAGGAACUGCAGAUUGAUGACAAACUGGUCACUCUACAAGUGUGGGACACGGCAGGGCAGGAACGGUUUCACAGCCUCGGAGCGGCAUUUUACAGAGGUGCAGAUUGCUGUGUCCUUGUAUAUGAUGUCAACGUUGGUAAAACCUUUGAAUCUGUCAGCAAUUGGCACGAGGAGUUCCUUAAGCAGGCAGAUCCGGCAGAUCCGGAGGCGUUCCCCUUCAUAUUGCUCGGGAACAAAAUAGACAUAGACGGCGGUCACAGUCGUGUGGUUUCUGAAAAAAGAGCAAAGGAAUGGUGUGCUUCCCAGGGAAACAUUCCGUACUUCGAGACCUCAGCAAAAGAAGGUUACAAUGUCGAUGAAGCAUUUUUGUGCGUCGCGCAAGCUGCGCUCGCGAGUGAACACCAACAAGACAUUUAUUUCCAGGGAAUCUCAGAAACUGUUUCCGAAGUCGAGCCAAGAGGUGGCUGUGCUUGCUGAAGUAUGCUUCCUAAAAGAUUUGCAUGGUCUUACUUCGAUUCUUUCACAAUAUUCUACACAAUUUUUUUUACAUGUUGGGGGUUGGAAAGAGGCAGGUGCCCCAAACGCAUCGAGUGGCUCGCACCAGCAUUCUUUUUUGGGGAAUAAUGUAAUUCGAUUCUCAAAAGUAGUCUCAGACUGCUUUAACCAUGAAAUUCAUUAUUCUCGAGGCAUAAAAGAAAGAUACUACAUGUA